AUGGAAGAACUGGAGUACGUGCAGGAGCUGGACAUGCCCGUAAAUAUGAGAGCAAUCCUUGCUAAGAUGCCAUACAAGUUAAGAGAGCGAGGCUUCAUAUUGGAGAAAUGGAUAAGCAACAGCCGUGUUGUGCUGCAGGCCAUCUCAGAAGAGCAGAGAGCAAAGGAUUUGAAGAAGUUGGAUCUGGAUAUCGAUAAGCUUCCAAUGGAAAGAGCUUUGGGUCUGCAGUGGUGUGUGGAGACUGAUGCCUUCCAGUUUAAGAUAAAGCUGAAACAGCAAGCCCUGACCAGGCGUGGAAUGUUAUCUGUGAAUAGUUCUGUGUAUGACCCACUGGGUUUCCUAGCACCAGUGACAUUACAAGCAAAACUGAUGCAGCAGGAACUGUGUAAAAGAAGCUGUGGCUGGGAUGAUGCACUGCCACAAGACAUUUUACACAAAUGGAGAAGAUGGUUGGAGGAGCUUGCGCUACUGUCUACCUUUAGUGUUGACCGCUGCAUAAAACCUGUUGGGUUUGGAGCCAUAAAGAAUGCACAAUUACACCACUUUUCAGAUGCUAGUGAAACUGGAUAUGGAACUGUUGUGUACAUUCGUAUGAUAAAUUAUGAAAACAUCAUUCAUGUUGCUUUCCUUAUGGGGAAGGCCAGAGUAACACCACUGAAAGUUAUCACCAUCCCGAGGCUUGAACUUUCAGCUGCUGUUUUAGCUGUGAAGAUGGAUGCUAUGGUCAAAGCAGAGCUGAAUAUCUAUCUGGAAAAAACAGUGUUCUGGACUGAUAGCACAUCUGUGUUAAAAUACAUCAAUAAUGAAGACAGACGCUUUCACACGUUUGUGGCAAAUAGAAUUGCAACCAUCAGAAAUUUGUCAGAACCUACUCAGUGGAAUCAUGUCAGUACAAAAGAAAAUCCAGCUGAUUAUGUGUCUCGUGGAAUGAAAGUUUCAGAAUUUCUGAAAACUAGGACAUGGUUGGAUGGACCAGAGUUCUUGUGGAAAGAUGAAGAAAAGUGGCCUAAAGGGGUGAUUGAUGUAGAAUUGGAUGUUGGCGACAAAGAGAUUAAGAAGGAGGCUGCAGUUAACAUCAUUGGCCUUGACACUCCUGCACCUACUGACCAGCUUAUUGCACAUUUUUCCGAUUGGAGAAGACUUAAAAGAGCAGUGGCCUGGUACAUAAGGCUGAAGUGUGUAUUAAAGAAGAAAUGUAGAAGGCGAAAACAGCUCGACUCUGUAAUAGACAAUAACCCGGUUGUACAUCAGAUGAACACAAGAAGGUGCCAAAGAAUCAUUAAUCACUCAAAAGGUGGAAGUUUGUCAUUGGCAGAGCUCCAAAGUGCAGAGAACUUCAUCAUUGUGUACUGUCAGCAGCAAAAAUUCCAACAUGAGAUUGAAGCUCUGUCGCAUAACUCUAAAGUGAGCCGUAAGAGCUCUAUCUAUAUGUUAGAUCCUGUUUUGGAAGAUGAAAUUUUAAGAGUUGGAGGCCGUCUUCAUAGAAGUGCAAUGCCAGAUGAAGUAAAACAUCCAAUAAUUCUGGCCAAAGAACAACACAUCUCCAAGUUAAUCCUCAGGCAUUUUCAUCAAGUUCUUGGACAUGCAGGACGGACACACACACUGUCAACUGUACAGAAAAGGUUUUGGAUUACGAAGGGAAAUUCUGCUGUGAGAAAGGUUAUUGGUGAGUGCAGCAUCUGCAGGCGAUAUAACAGUCGGCCCUUAAUGCAAAAAAUGGCUGAUUUGCCCGUUGCAAGGAUUCUCCCAGAUCAUCCCCCCUUUUUUAAUACUGGGGUUGAUUAUUUCGGGCCAUUUGAAGUUAAAAGAGGACGGACAUACUGCAAGAGAUAUGGUGUUUUGUUUACUUGCCUGGCAAGUCGAGCCGUCCAUUUGGAGAUUGCAGCUACUCUUAAUACAGAUUCUUGCAUCAAUGCAUUGAGGAGAUUUAUCAGCAGAAGAGGACAGGUUAAACAGUUAUGGUGUGAUAAUGGAACAAACUUUGUUGGUGCUGAGAGAGAAUUGAAAGAAUCUAUUGUUAAUCUAGAUCAGGACACAAUAAAGUUAUUUUUGGCACAGGUAGAAAUUAAUUGGAUUUUUAAUCCACCUGCUGCUUCACAUUUUGGUGGUGUUUGGGAGCGAAUGAUUCGGCUGGUGAGAAAGGUACUUAACUCAGUGCUGCGUCAGCAAAUUCUUGAUGAUGAAGGACUAAGUACAGUAUUGUGCGAAGCAGAAGCCAUUUUGAAUGAUCGCCCUAUUACAACCCUCUCAGAUGAUCCAAACGAUUUGGAGCCACUUACCCCCAAUCACCUGCUCUUACUCCGAGGAAAACCUUCACUUCCGCCUGGAACGUUUAAGCCAGAGGAUCGCAGAUGGGAGUUUUGCUUACUGAAAGAUGUUCUGAGGGCAGAAACUAAUGGGAUUGGUUCAAUCAGGCAACCAAUCAGAACAGAGGAGAGGCGCGCCUAACUAAUUUGAAGUUAGCGAGAGAAGCAAGCGGUUGUUACUGUUUAUUUUCAUGGUCGCAUUUCUUGCUUAGCUCUAAGAACCAUUGGGAAGUAUCUCCAAUUUUGUUGGAAUGAUGAGUGAAAUAGAGAAAUGGGUGAAAAAUGAGGCCCUUCCAGGGUACUUCCACCUAGGGGAUGUGGGGCAUUUUCCCUUGA